AUGGUCAGCGGCAGGAUGCUGCUCCUCAGCGCCUCCUGCUGGCUGCUGGUUGUUGUGGGGAGCUGUGAGGAGCUGAUAGAGGAGCGAUCACCUGAGGAUGAUGCCAUCAAGACACAGGAGGAGAAGGAACUGAUCGAAGCGCUACAGGAAGUUCUGGAGAAGUUAAAGAGCAAACAGCUGCCGUCAUCUGAGAAGAAACUCGGCUGGCUUCCUUUGUGUGAUGCAGGUGAACAGUGUGCGGUGCGUAAAGGUUCGAGGAUUGGGAAGCUGUGUGGUUGUCCCAGAGGAACCGUCUGUAACUUCAGCGUCCUCAAAUGUCUGUAA